GACACGAGUGAUACCAGAGCUGGGAGGCGGCUGCAGCGCGCAUCUUGGGGAACCUGGCCGCCCACCCACGAGCCAGUCUCGAUCCCCGAGUCCAGCUGAGGCUCGGAGCCAUCCGGCGACCGGCGAGCGGCCUCAGGCCCCGCCAUGGGGAAGACCAACAGCAAGCUGGCCCCGGAGGUGCUGGAGGACCUGGUUCAGAACACCGAGUUCAGCGAGCAGGAGCUGAAGCAGUGGUACAAGGGCUUCCUGAAGGACUGCCCCAGCGGCAUCCUCAACCUGGAGGAGUUCCAGCAGCUCUACAUCAAGUUCUUCCCCUACGGCGAUGCCUCCAAGUUUGCUCAGCACGCUUUCCGCACCUUCGACAAGAACGGCGACGGCACCAUCGACUUUCGGGAGUUCAUCUGCGCCCUUUCUGUCACUUCCCGCGGCAGCUUCGAGCAGAAACUCAACUGGGCCUUUGAGAUGUACGACCUGGACGGCGACGGGCGCAUCACGCGCUUGGAGAUGCUGGAGAUCAUCGAGGCUAUCUACAAGAUGGUGGGCACCGUGAUCAUGAUGCGCAUGAACCAGGAUGGGCUCACGCCCCAGCAGCGUGUGGACAAGAUCUUCAAGAAGAUGGAUCAGGAUAAGGAUGACCAGAUUACUCUGGAGGAGUUCAAAGAGGCAGCCAAGAGUGACCCAUCCAUUGUGCUGCUGCUGCAGUGUGACAUGCAGAAGUAGAGAGCAAAGGCUGGUGAGGGGCUGGGCCCUGGCCAGGAGGAGCGUGGCCAUCUUCCAACCCCAUGACCUCUCUGGCUGGCCCUUCCCUAGGGGGAGGGGUACUCCAGUCUCAUUCUCUGGCCCACCCACCCCUCUGCCCAAGCCCUUGCUCCCCUCAAUCAAGAUCUUUGAGGGAACACUUCACCCUGGAAAAGAGAGAUCCUCAGGUAUCCUGUGGUCUAGACCCACCCCCAGUCUUGGCCCAGAACUAACAUCCACUGGGCAAAGGGGAGUUAGCUUUUGCCCCUAUAGGCAGGGUUAAGGAGGGAGGCUGGGGUUCUGCUUUGAAAGUCCGUUCUUCCUGGGGUUAUAUUGUAUAAGAUGUGAUUCCACACACCCCAGUUAAAGGGCCAAA